AUGUCUCAGCCAUGCGCUAUACAAGCAUGUAAACGAGUUUCACGGACAUUAUGUUAUGGAUGUAAUCAAAAUUUUUGUCGUGAACAUAUGCGUGAACAUGAUUUAACUUUGAAUUCACAAUUAAAUCCAUUAUCAGAUGAAAUCAAUGCACUUGGUGAUCGAUUAAAAUCAAUAAAUCUUGAAAAUGCUAUUGGUGAUUCACGUCAAAAAUUAGAUAAAUGGCGUAUAGAUUGUCAUAAAACAAUAGAUUAUUAUUUUGAUGAAAAAUGUCAAAUAAGUCGUAUGCGUACAAAAUUAUCUGAAUUAAUACAAGAACAAGAAGCGACACAUCGAGAUAUUGAUUCAUUAACAUCAACUGUAAAAGAUCUUGAACGUGAAAUGAGUAAAAUUGAACAAACAUCAUUUCAAAUUGAAAUCAAAUCAUUAGUUCUUGAUGAUAGUUUAAUACAAAUUGAAGAUUUAGAUGUAAAUCGUUUUGAUUUAUCAUCAUUAUCAUCGAUAUAUAAAACAAUAAAUUAUCCAAGAGAAAAUUGGGCACCAUUAACAUGUAAUAAUCGUUAUUUAUUAAUACAUCAAGAACCAAAUUUAUGUUUAGUUGAUCGUGAUUUAACAAUAAUAAAACAAAAUUCUUGGAUAUAUGGAACAAUUUAUGAUAUGUGUUGGUCAUCAGCAUUAAAUCGUUUUAUUGUUAUAAAUGGUAGUGAUGUUUUUCUUGUUGAUGAAGAUAAUAUGUCUAUUGAAAAUAUUCAAACGCUUCAAAAGCUAUGGGGUUCAUCUAUAAUGGAAUUUAGUUUAUUACCAACAAUUGAACUUGUUAAACAAUGGCAAUCGCCAGAUACAUGUACACGUGAUGAAGUUAUUAAUGGAAUUGUUUAUAAUAAUGGAACAAUUUGUAUGAUGAUUAGAAAUCCAUCAGAAAAAACUAUACAUAUUGAAAUGAGAUCAUCUGCUACAUUAGAUAGAUUAUGGUCUGUUAGACUUAAUAUUGCAUAUAGUCAAAAUAUUCGAACUAGAUGUUGUUUAGUAACUCAUAAUGAAUGGCUUGUAGUUGAUCGUAAUACUUCACGUAUAUUUCAUAUAUCUAAAGAUGGAAAAGUCAAAUCAUCAAAUGCAUAUAAUCCACCACCAUUUUGUGCGACAAUAUAUGAUCAAGAUAUGUUAGCUGUAUCGACAGCACGAGGUGUAAACUUACAUAAACUCUAG